AAAUCGCAAUGAGUCAGGUCGAGGGUUGGAGUGACGACGUUCGACUGUGGCUGGAACCAUGGGGAAAAAACAUAGAUUCUAUGACAAAGGAAAAAAGCGGAGGCGGGACGAUGGAAUCUCUGAUGAAGAGGAAGGAGCAGAACUGGAAGGUGUCCCACAAGCAUCUAAACAUAAUGUUGAGGAACGUGGAGAUCAGGUGACCCCAAAGGACCAGUAUGGAGCCUUUGAUUAUCGAUCACAAAUGGAGCUCAGAGAGGACCAUGAGACUCGCCCCCUUUGGAUAGCCACCAAUGGCCACAUCUUUCUGGAAUCUUUCUCACCUGUUUAUAAACACGCUAAAGACUUUCUCAUCACCAUCGCUGAACCAGUUUGUCGUCCGGAACAUGUUCAUGAAUACAAACUGACUGCGUACUCACUCUAUGCAGCAGUAAGUGUUGGUUUACAGACCCAUGAUAUAAUAGAAUAUCUUAAGAGAUUAUGCAAGACAUCCUUACCACCUGGAAUCUGUCAGUUUAUACAGAGUUGUACAUUAUCUUAUGGGAAAGUUAAGUUGGUCUUGAAGAAAAAUCGUUAUUAUGUUGAGAGUGACUUCCCAGAUGUUAUUCAGAAGCUCAUCAAACACCCAGCCAUUCAGGACUGUAUGCUGAGUCCGAGUGAAGGAGUAGUGAGCACAGAGAAGGAAAAAUCCCAAGCUAUAAUGUUUACAAGUCAUCAGGCUCAGAUGGCAGGAGGUUCAGAGGAACAGAAGCCUGAUGGGAAGACAGAUGGUGAUACAGCUAAUGGGGAGACCAAGGAAGGGGAAAAUGUACCUGAAGACAUCACUGAUUUUUAUGAAAAAAUUGAUAAAGCUGAUGAAGAGGAGGAGGAUGAUAAAAAUCUUAAGACUCUGUCGUUUGAGGUCAAUCAAGACAAAAUUGAAAUUUUGCAGAAAACAUGCAUUGGGCUAGAUUUUCCCUUAUUGGCUGAAUAUGAUUUUAAAAAUGACACAGUAAAUGAGGACAUUAAAAUUGAUCUCAAACCAUCUGCAGUGUUACGGCCCUAUCAAGAGAAGAGCUUAAGAAAGAUGUUUGGAAAUGGUCGUGCAAGAUCAGGUAUCAUUGUACUCCCCUGUGGCGCUGGUAAAAGUUUAGUGGGAGUUACAGCCUGUUGUACAGUUAACAAAAAGGCUCUUGUUUUGUGUAAUUCUGGCGUUUCAGUUGAGCAAUGGAAACAGCAGUUUAAGAUGUGGUCCACCGCUACAGAUGAUAUGAUUUGCAGGUUCACUUCUGAUGCUAAGGACAAGCCUUUCAAUGCUGGUAUCUUGGUGACAACUUAUGCUAUGAUUUCUCAUAACCAGAAACGAGCGUAUGAAGCUGAGCAAACCAUGAACUGGUUAAAGGAACAGGAAUGGGGUAUAAUGGUUCUAGAUGAAGUGCAUACCAUACCUGCCAAGAUGUUUAGGAGAGUUCUAACAAUUGUUCAGUCACAUUGUAAACUAGGAUUAACUGCAACUCUUGUUAGGGAAGAUGAUAAGAUUGCUGACCUCAACUUCUUAAUUGGUCCUAAAUUGUAUGAAGCCAAUUGGCUGGAGCUACAAAAAGAGGGAUUCAUUGCCAAGGUACAGUGUGCUGAGGUAUGGUGCCCUAUGACCCCUGAGUUUUAUAGGGAAUAUCUCGUGGGGAAAGUAUCUGACCAAAAAAUCAAGUUGCUCUGUGCAAUGAAUCCCAACAAAUUCAGAACAUGUGAAUUUCUCAUAAAAUAUCAUGAGAAUCGCAAUGACAAAAUCAUUGUUUUCAUUGAUGAAGUUUUUGCAUUAAUACAUUAUGCUAAAACUAUGCAAAAACCUUACAUCUGUGGAAAGACUGGACAGAAAGAGCGGAUGACCAUCAUUCAGAACUUCAAGUUAAAUCCUAAAGUUAACACAAUCUUCUUCAGUAGAGUGGCAGACACCUCAUUUGACAUUCCAGAGGCAAAUGUCUUGAUUGAGAUCUCUUCUCAGGGUGGAUCUCGUCGUCAAGAAGCUCAGAGGUUAGGUCGUAUUCUGAGAGCGAAAAAGGGUGCCAUCGCAGAAAAUUUCAAUGCCUUCUUUUAUGCCCUCCUCUCUCAGGACACACGAGAAAUGGGUUACUCACGCAAGAGGCAGAGUUUCCUCAUCAACCAGGGUUAUGCAUACCAAGUGAUUACUCCAGCCCAGAUGGUGGGCAUGAACGAGGAACAGCUUCACUAUGCCACUCGAGAAGAUAAAUUACAGCUCAUCGAACAAAUCCUGGCUGCAUCUGAUGCAGAUUUGUUCGAAGAAGGUGUUACUGGUGAGCGUGGAGUUGGUUCUCAGCGCCGGAUGGGCAACAUGGGAUCUAUGUCAGGUGCUGAUGACUCUAUUUACGGCGAAAGGAGAAAGGGAUCAAAGAAAGACCACCAACAUUACCUCUUCAAAAAAUUCAGGUCAUAAACAAUAAUGGAGUUGUAUACUGUAUUAUUCUUGACACAAUCAAUAUUUUGUAUGAAGAAAUGCAGGUACACCACUGAUUUUUCGGGAACUGAUGGUCCGGCACCUCCUUUAGUCCGGACAAAAUUACGAAAGGGCACUUAACUUCCCUCCCUCUCUCCCAGCCAGGGUGAGGGUAGUUUUCGGCUUAAAUUUGUUAUCUUAUAAAAUGUCACAGACUAAACUUAGCAGAAUAUAACUUGCAAUGCUGGGAAAUGCUGGAAUCCUUGCACAAUAACAAAUAAUUUGAGUAUAAACAUCACAUAGUUUGCACAAGAGAAUUUUUUUGUCCCUUAGUGUAGUGCAUUUGAGAACAAAGUGUGUACAGUAAUAUCUUGCUCAAAAUUAAGGCUUUUUCAUGUUUAAUUUACAUUUAACAUUUAUUUAGAUUAAGUUUCUAGCAGUCCAUGGUGCUUUAGACACACAGGAGGUGUAUAAUUAGUGGGUCAGUGGUGUAUUGUUGAAUUAUUAUUACGUGACCUUGGUUGGUCCGGCAAAACGGAUGAUCCGGCAAGGCUUUGGAACCAAGGGUGCCGGAAAAUCGGUGGUGUACCUGUACUAAAAUUUUCUUUUCACCCUUUUAAGCCUUCUCCUCCUAUAAUGAAGGACAGUAUAUGUUAAUGUAUUUAAAUAUGAUAAUUAAAUCCAAAAAAAAACAAAAUGCUUGUUUUCCAAAUGACCUCUGAAGAAUUGUGGUUACAGUAGUUGGUCUGUUUCCUUCAGUCAGUUAUUAUAUUGGCCCAAUAAAUGUUGCAUUUUAAGUUGAUGUAAAGAUGGUUGUAUCAAAUGCUUUUUUUGUCUUACUUCAUAGCAUGUUUAUUUGACAAGAAAGUUUGUUUUCCUGUACUGAUUUAUGUAGAUACUACUGAAAAAAGUUUUAAGUCAGUUGAGAAACUGUAAAUACAUUUACAUUUUUGCUUUGCCCAAACUUUCAGGUGUAAUAAAAUAAUGAAUUUAACAACUGACUGUAAUGUGUACAAGAGAAGUUGUUGCUUAGUGAUUGGUAAAAAAAUAUACAGAAGUUGUUUUGAGACCAGUUAUCUGCUCUUUAUGCUGUACAUUUGUGAGAGUGUAUGACAACAUGUGUCUGCAUAGAUGUAUGUAUGUGUGUGUGUGUGGUGUACAUCUUUCAAAGUUGAAAUAUUACAUAAUAAUGUACACUAUGAAGAAUGAGUACAGUGUACAUUAUUAUGAUCAGUUAUGGACCACCUUGGCUCUGGUAUAAAUAAAAUAGUUAUCUGAAAGCAAAAGUUCUUUACCUACUAUGUGUAACAGUGUAAAUAUAAACACGUGAAAUGAUUUUAUAAAAACUGAUGUAUUGUAAAUAAUUUAAACUGGUAAAAUUAGUACAGAGAAACUUGAGCAUUUUAUUAGUUGAUUACAUCAGAGGUGUCAUUUGGAUGUUCUAAUUUCAACCCUUGAGCAUGUUUGAUAUACAAGUACAGUGCUGUCUUCUGCUCACUGUAUUACUUUAUACAAGUACAGUAUUGUACAGUACUGUUAGAGAGGUGGUUAUAUUUAUCAUGUGUGGGACAUGUGUAAACUAAUUACAGAUUUAUAAAGAAAGUUUUCUUAACUGUGACUGUCCUUUAUUGGUUCCAUUUGUAAUCAUUAUUUCCUUCAUUCUUUUGUUGUGGAGUAAAUACAGCAAAUCCUGUUCCAGUGUGAUACUCAUAAACUUGCUCUAAAAAUGCCACUGUCCAAUAUAUUCCCAAAGGCAGGAAAUUUUUCCAGGAUGAGCCAAAUCCAUUUACUGGAGUCGAUAAAUUGGCAAAAUGAUUUUCUGUAAUAAUGGAAGGCCUGAACACUUUAUCUAAGGUCCAAAUAUAAUCUAUAACGAUUUUUCUUAUUACCAAAUUUUAUUUUGCAUGAAAUUUACAGAAAAGUACUGUAUAGGAAAUAUUUGUCUAUCAAAGUAUAUUUUGCAUUGGCAAAAAAUAAACUAGUAUAUUUUGCUUUCUAA